AUGGAUGAUAUUGAAGACAGAAUUUUUGAUUCACUCUGUGACUCAGAGCAAUAUCUACCAAUUCUUAAAUUCAAAUCACAAUUGCGUAAAGCAGGUCUUCGAGAGACGGACCCCAGACUAGCAGAAACCAUGAAGAAUCUAGCACAGUUCCAGAGAUCAGUGGCAGAAAUGGAAGGCGUCCAUUCCAUUCACUUAGACAGAGACACAUUUAGAAAGUGUGUAGGUGAUAAUAUAAUAUUAAUCAGUAAAGCUUUCCACAAUAAUUUUAUCAUACCUGAAUUCCAGACUUUCUGUCAAAGUAUUGAUGACCUUUAUUGGAAGGUUAAAAGUAAUACCAAUGGCAAGGUAGCAAGUUAUAUACCUCAGUUAGCCAGGUAUUCAGCUGAUUUCUGGGGUGUAUCAAUCUGUACCAUAGACGGCCAGAGGUAUUCAAUUGGUGACGUAAACAUUCCCUUGUGUUUACAAUCAAUCAGCAAACCUCUGACGUACGCUCUAGCUUUAAACGAACACUCACCCGAUCUCGUACACGAAUACGUUGGCCAUGAACCUAGUGGCCGGCAAUUUAAUGAAAUUAAACUCAAUGCUGAUGAUAAACCGCACAAUCCAAUGAUCAACGCUGGUGCAAUAGUAUUAUGUUCCUUGUUAAAACAGGGUUCAAAUCUAGCUGAUAGGUUUGAUUAUACGUCAGAAAUGUUUAAGAAGUUGGCAGGAAAUGAACACAUUAGCUUUAAUAAUUCAGUAUUUUUAUCAGAGAGAGAAACAGCUGAUAGAAACUUUGCUUUAGCCUAUUAUCUCAGGGAAUAUAAGUGUUUUCCAAAAGGAACACAUGUGAUGGAAACGUUGGAUUUUUAUUUUCAACUAUGUUCAGUGGAAGUGACUUGCCAGUCUGGUUCUGUGAUAGCGGCCUCUCUAGCUAAUGGUGGAAUCUGUCCUAUAACAGGAGAGCGUAUCCUAAACCCGUACUCCGUCAGAAAUACUCUGUCGUUGAUGCAUUCGUGUGGAAUGUACGAUUACUCAGGACAAUUUGCUUUCGACGUGGGUCUACCAUCCAAAUCAGGCGUAUCAGGUGGAGUCAUGUUGGUGGUACCCAAUGUUAUGGGUAUAUUUCUCUGGGCCCCACCAUUAGAUAUUUAUGGUAACAGUUGUAAGGGCAUACAGUUCUGUGAGGAAUUGGUGGAUAAUUUUAACUUCCAUAAUUACGACAAUCUAAGAUAUACUCAACGAAAACAAGAUCCCAGACUACAAAAAUUUACACAUCGUGCCAAUUCAGUUGUUCAGCUGUUAUUCGCUGCCAAAAAUGGAGAUAUUACAGCUUUACGAAGGUGCUACCUAUCUGGCCUGGAUAUGAAUCUAACAGACUAUGAUGGAAGAACAGCUCUACAUGUAGCCAGUGCAGAGGGCCAUACAGAGGCUGUCAUAUUCCUACUAGAAAAAUGUAAAGUCUCCCCUUUUGAAUGUGAUAGAUGGGAUUAUACAGCCUUGGAUGAUGCCAAGAAGUUUCACAAGACAGAGGUAGUGACCAUUCUAGAGAAAUACAUGUCUACCAACCCCAAACAACAAGACAACAGUCAACAGAAGUAA